GCACCUUUUCCCCUCCACACUAUAGCCACCACCUCACCCACUGCACCCACCACACCAUGAUCAUCAUCCCUCACCCCUCCCUCCUUCACCAAAAUCAUCCAUCCAGCCAGCCUCCCCCCUUCCCUCAUAAGCAUCAGAUUAAAUACGAACCAUGCAACAAGCAAACAAGCGUCAAGUUCAAGUCCCCGACCGAACCGACCGACCGGACCCGAACGCCCGGAGAAUCAAACGCCUACGAUAAAAACCCAACGUACCGAAUCAAGCCCCUCCAAACACACUAUUAACAGUGAAAACCCAAACUAGUGCUUUCCGGCACCGUCGAUCAAACCGGGUCUAGUCUACCUGGUCACUUUUUACUCCGUAGUAAGAAAGUAUAUACUUUAAAUGGAUCAAAAAAAGGUAAAAAGUCAAAAAGUUUGCUGAAGUAUCCGACCGGAGGGAUG